CUGAUGCCCCCCGCGUUGCGCGGUCUCUCUGUCUCCGGGGCAACGGGCGGCCGGGGCCGUGACGUCAUUUCCGGGUUGAUGCCCCUCUCCCCCCCGCGUUGCGCGGUCUCUCUGUCUCCGGGGCAACGGGCCGGGGCAGGACGUCAUUUCCGGGCUGAGCCCCUGCGCCGCGCGGUCUCUCUCUCUGUCUCUGUCUCCGGGGCAACGGGCGGGGCAGCGACGUCAUGUCCGGGCUGAGCCCCUGCCCGCGCGGUCUCUCUCUCUCUCUCUCUCUCUCUGUCUCCGGGGCAACGGGCAGCGGGCGGAUGAGCCGCGAGUGAGUGGGGACCCGGAUGGGCCGGGCCGGGCCGGACGCGGUGAGAGGCUCCGGUGGAUCAGGGCGGGCGGGGCGGGCGCGCUGGCUGGGGAUUCGGUGCCGGGGGGUCCAGGCCGCGGCCUCGCACCCGGGAGACAGUGACUGGGCCUGGGGUUGGCGGAGCUCGGGGAGCCGGGCCUGGGCCUGGGGUCGGGUCUGCGCCGGGUCCCGCCGCCGCCGCAACACGACCAUCAAUCUCGGCUUGCAGAGACCACUUGCCGAACUCUUCUCGAUUGGACAACGAUUUUCCAGUUUCGCUAUCGCUGUAGCUUCAUCAGUGAAAGAGAUCUACUUUUAGCCGGGUUAAGGAGCCAUUGCUGUGGACGGAGAAACGGGGACGUGAGCGGCCAUUGAGGACAGCCAGGGUGCAGGUGAGCCCCCUUCUGUUCGGAGUGCGGGCUGAGCUUAGAGGGGCUGAUCUUCGUUGGAGGACCACAUGACGGGGCACAACAAUGGGAAGCGUUAUGAGUGUGACGUGUGUGGCAAGGCCUGGCAGAGCCCGAGCAAGCUGGAGAUCCACCGGCGGGUUCACACGGGCGAGAAGCCCUAUGGCUGCUCCACCUGUGGCAAGAGCUUUGCCCGGUUGUCGGGGCUGUGGGAACACCAGCGGGUACACAGCAGUGAGCGGCCAUUCACUUGCUUCGACUGCGGAAAAGGUUUCAAGUCGUCGCCGGAACUGAAAGUGCACAGGCGCCUGCACACCGGGGAGCAGCCCUACACCUGUGCACAGUGCGGCAAGGGCUUCACCAGCUCCAGCAGCCUGCUGAAGCACCAGCACUCCCACACCGGCGAGCGCCCCUACACCUGUGUCCUGUGCUACAAGGGCUUCACCCGCUCUGACAGCCUGCUGGAGCACCAGCGCACACACACCGGCGAGCGCCCCUACACCUGUGUCCAGUGCUACAAGGGCUUCACCCGCUCUGCCAGCCUGCUGGAGCACCAGCGCACACACACCGGCGAGCGCCCCUACACCUGUGCCAAGUGCGGCAAGGGCUUCAUCAGCAACAGCAGCCUGCUGAAGCACCAGCGCUCCCACACUGGCGAGCGUCCCUUCACCUGUGCCCACUGCGGCAAGGGCUUCACCAGAUCCAGCAACCUGUUGGUGCACCAGCGCACCCACACCGGCGAGCGCCCCUACACCUGUGCCCAGUGCGGCAAGGGCUUCACCCAAUCCAGCAGCCUGCUGGUGCACCAGCUCUCCUACACCGGCGAGCGCCCCUACACCUGUGCCCAGUGCGGCAAGGGCUUCACCAGAUCCAGCAACCUGUUGGUGCACCAGCGCACCCACACCGGCGAGCGCCCCUACACCUGUGCCCAGUGCGGCAAGGGCUUUACCCACUCCAGCAGCCUGCUGAAGCACCAGCGCACCCACACCGUUGAGCGCCCCUACACCUGCACCCAGUGCGGCAAGGGCUUCAUCAACUCCAGCAUCCUGCUGAAGCACCAGCGCUCCCACACCGGCGAGCGUCCCUACACCUGCACCCAGUGCAGCAAGGGCUUCACCACAUCCAGCAGCCUGCUUGUGCAUCAGCGCUCCCACACCGGUCAGCGCCCCUACAUCUGCACCCAGUGCGGCAAGGGCUACACCAGCUCGAGCAGCCUGAUAAACCAUCAGCGCACCCACACCGGUGAGCUCCCCUGCACCUGCGACCAGUGCGGAAAGGGCUUCACCGUCUCCAGCAGCUUGCUGGAGCACCAGCGCACCCACACCAGCGAGUGCCCCUAUAUCUGCGCCCAGUGCGGCAAGGGCUUCACCCGCUCCACCAGUCUGCUGUCCCACCAGCGGGUGCACGCCGACGACCAUCCAGUCCCCAGCCCGGUGUGUGGAGAGCGCUUUGCCAUGGCCUCGCACGCCCCGUCUCACCAGCACGUGCGCACCAGUGGCCAGCCCUACGACUGCCCGUACUGUGGUGAGACGUUUGACAGCUUGCGGGGUUUGCGGCAGCACAGGCGGGCCCACGCCGGCGAGCAGCUGCUCCCACUGUGACAAGAGAGCAUGGGGCCUGCGGGAGCACCAGCGGAUACACACCAGAGAGAGAUCCUUUGUGUGUGCUGAGUGUGACAAGGGUUUCACCCGCAUGUCCAGCCUGUGGCAGCACCGUCGUACCCACAGCGGUGAGCGUCCCUUCCCCUGCCCG